GAAGUGAAGCUUGGUUUGAUUCACACAAUGACCAAUAGAAUAAACCCUCCCAGUCUUGAGGAGGGAAGGGGGUGGUGGGGAUUCAAACUAAGGCAGGCUUUACAGUGAGUCAAACACUCUCAAAGACAGACGACAGACUGUCUCCACAGCACGGAGAUAUGGGCUUACUGUGACUGAGACCUGGAGCUUCUCUCUAAAACCUUAACACAAAAAGACUAAUAAGAGAAAGUUAGACUGAGAGAGAAAGUAAGGAAAGAAACUAAACUUUUCCAGGGAGAUGGAAAACUGAUCGUGUCCAACUCUUUGAAAUUUUAGUUAGAGAAAAAGAGGAGCAAGGACAAGCCUGAGGAUACUACUGAUUAUGUUGCCAUGGAAACCAAAACCUGGAAGCGGACGCAAGGACCACUGAAGGUGGACAACCUCCCUUGACUGCAUCCUAGACACAUUACUGUCGCGCUGCGACCUGUGGUGAGAGAAUGCUGUGGAGAAUAACUAUCCCAGUCAUACUGGCUGGGGUGCUCUGCAUGACUGCAGAGACCAAAAAGCAACGUCCCCAGGGAUCCAUCCCGUCCCCAUACAAGACCAAAGGGAACUUGUCCUCAGAACGUCACCACCGGCUAUUGCAGCAGAAACCAGAAGUGCUAUCCUCCAGCCGCGAGGCCUUGGUAGUGACAGAGCGCCGCUACCUCCGCAGAGACUGGUGCAAGACCCAACCUCUCCGCCAGACAGUCAGUGAAGAGGGCUGCCGCAGCCGUACUGUGGUCAACCGUUUUUGCUACGGUCAAUGCAACUCCUUCUACAUCCCCCGCCAUAUGGGCCCCAGCUCGGGUCAGGCCCAGAAUCGAGGCCAAGCCUCAGGCUCUGGAAGGAAAGGCCACAACAAGGCCCAGGAGCCGUUCCAGUCCUGCUCCUUCUGCAGGCCACACCGCAUCACACAGCUCACAGUGCAGCUAGACUGCCCAGACCUGCAACCCCCUUUCAGACACCGUAAGGUGCAGAGGGUCAAACAGUGUCGCUGCAUGUCUGUGGAUGUGAGCGGCCACGGGAAACUGUGAAAGGUCAUCACAUGACAUAUGAAUAUUAUAAGAGAAAUUUACAAACUUUGCCAAAGAAGGAGUGGCUUCAAGUUGAACUAUUCUGCAUCGUGUUGUACAAAUUAUGGCUUGUCCCACAAUAAAAUGACAUGAAACUGAUAUUAAACAAAGGCUCAGAGAUGUUUUAAUCAGAGUCUAGCAGCCAUGUUGGCAAGCUGAUGGUGUUGGAAAAAACUCAUUCAAGAGGCUGUGCAAGAGACGCUGAUCUUGAAGCAGCCAAAUUUCAACAUUACACAAGUUUGUACUCCGUUAUUUCAAAAGGUUUAUAUCUGCCUGGCUUUUUGUACAUUUGUAACUGGACUCAAACUAGAGUUUAAAACUACAAAACAUUUUAGAUACUGAUGAUAAUUCAGUUUCUUAAAGUACAUGUAGUAAUAGUGUGACCCCUUUAAUUUCUUCCAUAACAUGUUUUUCUGCAGGUGGAGCUUCAGAUUUUGCCAGCAUUGCUUUUUUUUUCCUGUAGGAGAUGUGACGGUGUUUUACAAAUAUUGUACCUGUAGUCCAGUAUCUUUUUUCCUCAACUUCUAUAAUGUCCCAAACGAUACACAAGUUGAUGUCAAAGAACAUAUUUCAAGAACCAUGAAGCAACACAGCAAUGAAUCUGGCUGUAUACUGUACAUUUGCCACAAAUCUACUAGCCAGUAGGAAAAACAUACUGCAGCAUGUGUAAUGGAGGUGCAAUGCAAUAUAUACAGUAUAUAUAAAUAUUUCAUGUAUGUGUGUAAGUAUGUCUGUGAAAAGUAUAUUAAAUCUAUUUCAUAUGAAACAA